AUGGACGCUCGCAAGAAGAAGAGAAAGGUCCUAUUGAUGGGCAAGAGUGGAUCAGGCAAGUCAUCCAUGCGCUCAAUCAUUUUUAGUAACUAUGUUGCUAAGGAUGUGCGACGUCUGGGUGCGACAAUUGAUGUGGAACACAGCCACGUCAAGUUCAUGGGCAACCUUACGCUCAACCUCUGGGAUUGUGGAGGCCAAGAUGCAUUCAUGGAGACCUACCUAGCUUCCCAACGCGGCAAUAUCUUUUCCGACGUCGCAGUCCUAAUCUAUGUGUUCGACAUUGAGUCACGGGAAGUUGACCGAGAUCUGGAUACAUACAAUGCUGUCAUCGAUGCUCUGCGUGAGUUCAGCCCAAAUGCCUAUGUCUUCUGUCUCGUCCACAAGAUGGAUCUCAUCCAAGCCGAGCACCGCCAACGCAUCUACGAGGAGCGAUCCUCCCUAAUCCGCAGUCGAUCAGCACACUUCCGAGUCGAUACAUUUGGCAGUAGUAUCUGGGAUCAAUCGUUGUACAAAGCCUGGGCUGGAAUCGUACAUAAGCUCAUUCCAAACUUGACCGUCAUCGAGCGAUUCCUCAGCGCCUUUGCAAAGAAAGUCGACGCGGAAGAAGUCAUUCUCUUCGAGCGCUCGACUUUCCUCACAGUCACCUCCGUUACCUCGAAAGUGGGCGACUUCAACCCGAUAUACGACCGCCAUGAGCGUCUGUCCAAUAUCAUGAAAGCCUUCAAGCACUGUGCAGCCCGUAACACACUCACCACUCCCGCAUCUGCCGGCUUCGUUGUAAUGCACACCAAAACCCCGCAGUUCAAUAUCUUCCUUGGCCGCUUCACGGAUAAUACAUACAUCUUCCUCGUCGUACCGCCUGGCGAAACAGCUUACAACUGCGCCGUGUUGAACACCAUGCUUGCCCGAGAAGGAUUCUCCAAAGCCGCAGCUUCGGGCAGCACAGACGGAUUCCCGCUUCCUCCCCCUGAAGAUACUGCUAUUGGGGCGACUGCUUGA